GAGAUCCAGCUGUGGGGAAGAGCGCUUUAGCACAGAUGUUCCGCACUGAUGGGGCUCAUUUUCAGAAGAACUACACACUGACAACGGGCAUAGAACUGUUGGUGAAGGCUGUAUCAGUUCCCGAGACAAGUGAUAGCGUGGAAUUCUUCAUUUUUGACUCUGCAGGAAAAGAUCUAUUUUCUGAAAUGCUGGAGAAACUGUGGGAGCAACCCAACGUCCUGUGCCUUGUGUAUGAUGUCACUAAUGAGCAAUCUUUCAACAACUGCGCCAAGUGGUUGGAGAAGCUGAGGGCUCAAGCAGUUGGAGUGCACAUCCCAGGUGUCUUAGUGGGGAAUAAAACAGAUCUGGUUGGUCGUCGAGUUGUGGAGCAGAAACAAGCACAGGAGUGGGCUGAGAAACAUGGCCUGGAAUACUGUGAGAUGUCAGUGAAGGAGAUGCAAAAUUUUGAGACCCCUUUCCACAUCCUGGCAAAGUUAUUCCACCAACUGUACAAAGAGAAAGUGGAAACUUUUCACUCACUAGCUUGACGUCUGUGACUGGCAUGGCUUAUUAUCAACUAAGCUUCCUCUAGUACCCAGAAUCCUGCAGGAUGAAAUACAGAGAGAAGAGAAAAGAUGAGCUAUUUGCUUCUUCAUGGUCAUCUUCUGGUAACUCAAAAUAAACUAGAAAUAAGCAAGUGGAAAGACA